AUGCAUCAUGGAAUGAAUCCGAGCCCGGGGGACGGAUUUCUGCAGCAGCAGCAACCCCCGCCGCCGCAGCCGCCGCCCCCCCGCAGGCUGCUGGCCGCCGUCCUGGGGAUCCAGCUGGCGCUGUGCUUCGGCCCCGCACAGCUCACAGGCGGGUUGGAUGACCUUCAGGUGUGCGCUGACCCAGGCGUCCCCGAGGACGGCUUCAGGACGCCUGGUGGAGGGGUUUUCCUUGAAAGCUCUGUCACCCAGUUUCACUGCCAAGACGGGUUCACGCUCAAGGGCCCUACAAAGAGACUGUGUGUGAGACAUCUUAAUGGAACCCUCGGCUGGAUCCCCAGCGAUAAGCCCUUCUGUGCACAAGAAGAUUGCCGUAUCCCUCAAAUCGACGAUGCUGAGAUUCAUAACAAGACGUACAGGCACGGAGACAAGCUGAUCGUCACCUGUCACGAAGGAUUCAAGAUCCGCUACCCGGACCUGUACAACAUGGUGUCGCUGUGUGGUGGUGACGGCACGUGGGACAACCUGCCUCUCUGUCAAGGCUGCCUGAGACCUCUCACCUCUUCCAACGGCUAUGCGAACAUCUCCGAGUUGCAGACCUCCUUCCCCGUGGGGACGGUCAUCUCCUACCACUGCUUCCCUGGAUACAAGCUGGAGGGGGCCGAGCACCUCGAGUGCUUACACAGCCUCAUCUGGUCGACCAGCCCACCCCGGUGCCUUGCUCUGGAAGCUCAGGUGUGUCCGCUGCCUCCAACCGUGAGUCACGGUGACUUCGUGUGCCACCCGCGGCCUUGUGAGCGCUACAACCACGGGACCGUGGUGGAAUUUUACUGCGACCCCGGAUACAGCCUCACCAGUGAUUACAAGUACAUCACAUGCCAGUACGGGGAGUGGUUUCCCUCCUACCAAGUCUACUGCAUCCAGUCAGAACAAACGUGGCCCAGCAGCCACGAGACCCUCCUGACCACAUGGAAGAUCGUGGCGUUCACGGCGACCAGCGUGUUGCUGGUGCUGGUGCUCGUCAUCCUGGCCAGGAUGUUCCAGACCAAGUUCAAGGCCCACUUUCCCCCCAGGGGGCCUCCGCGGAGCUCCUGCAGUGACCCGGACUUCGUGGUGGUGGACGGCGUGCCUGUCAUGCUUCCGUCCUACGACGAGGCUGUGAGCGGAGGCAUGAGGGCGUCAGGCCCCGGGUACCUGGCCUCCGUGGGCCAGGGCUGCCGCUUGCCCGUGGACGACCAGAGCCCCCCAGCGUACCCCGGCUCAGGGGACACGGACACAGGCCCGGGGGGGUCAGAACCCUGUGACGGCGGCUCAGGCUCUUCCGAGCUGCUCCAGAGUCUGUAUUCGCCUUCCGUGUGCCCGGGGGACACGCGCCCCAACAGCACUGACAUGGGGGCCCGCACGGUGGGAGAGGCGGCGUCCACCAGCCCGGGCAUCGACAUCGCAGACGAGAUCCCGCUAAUGGAAGGAGAUCCGUGA